GAGGUCACCCCCGAGCGGGCGGGGGGAGGGGGGAAAUGCCCGUGUCACGUGACGGUGCCAAUAUGGCGGCGCCGUGGCGCUGGCGCGGGGGCCGCUGCUGAGGGAGCCGCGUCUCUUCCGCGUCAUGGGGCCGCGGCGCGGCCGGAGCCUCUGAGCGGCGGCGGCGGCUGCGAGCCCGAGCGCGGGGCGGCCAUGCAGCCCCCGGCCCGCGAGCAGGACACGCGCACCAAGAGCAUGUUCGUGUCGCGGGCGCUGGAGAAGAUCCUGGCCGAGAAGGAGGCGAAGCGGCCCCCGCACGGGCAGCUGCGCAGGGCCUGCCAGGUGGCGCUGGAUGAAAUAAAAACAGAGCUGGAAAAGCAAAGAGAAGGCACUGCUGCUCCACCAAAAGCAAACUUCAUUGAAGCAGAUAAGUAUUUCCUUCCGUUUGAGCUGGCCUGCCAGUCAAAGUCUCCACGCAUUGUCAGUACUUCACUGGAUUGCUUACAGAAACUCAUUGCAUAUGGACAUAUCACUGGCAAUGCUCCAGACAGUGGAGCUCCUGGAAAACGACUGAUUGACAGAAUAGUUGAAACAAUUUGCAAUUGCUUUCAGGGUCCCCAAACAGAUGAAGGAGUACAAUUGCAAAUAAUUAAGGCUCUCCUUACUGCAGUAACAUCUCCGUAUAUAGAAAUUCAUGAAGGAACAAUUCUGCAGACUGUUAGAACCUGUUACAACAUCUAUCUGGCCAGUAAAAAUCUCAUUAAUCAGACAACUGCCAAAGCUACCCUUACACAGAUGUUAAAUGUCAUUUUUACACGGAUGGAAAAUCAAGCUAUACAAGAAGCCAGAGAGGUGGAAAAAACAAAUCAACAGAAAUCUCAGUCUCCUGUGAUUCAAAUGGUGACAAGGUCUCCAAAGACUGGUCACUUAAAGCACAGCUAUCAGGAAAGCAAACCCACUGCUCCUGUAAGCAUAGAAUUAACUAACGGUGAGCCUGAGAGGACAGAAAAUGGAGACCUGAAGUCAGAACAAGAUCUGAUUCCUUCAAUAUCAGAGGAAACAACUGAUGGAGGAAAGGAAGUGGUUAAAGGCAUCUUGGAAGAUGUGGUCAAAUCAGCUGUGAAAGUGGCUGAAGAAAAGCAUGUAAUAGAAACAGUUGAGGCUCUGCCUGCAUUAGAGACUGCAGAUAAUGCUCUUUCUGGCUCUAGUAAUGAAAAUGUGCAAACAAAUGGGAUUCCAGAUGACAGACAAUCUGUUUCCUCCACUGAUAACUUGGAGACAGAUGUACCUGGACAUCAAGCUGCUGCCAAAUUUUCCCAUAUUCUUCAAAAGGAUGCCUUCCUUGUGUUCAGAUCCCUGUGCAAACUCUCCAUGAAACCACUUGGUGAUGGACCACCAGAUCCCAAAUCCCACGAAUUGCGUUCCAAGAUAGUGUCUCUCCAGCUUCUUCUCUCAGUAUUGCAGAAUGCUGGUCCAGUUUUCAGGACACAUGAAAUGUUCAUCAAUGCGAUCAAGCAAUAUCUUUGUGUAGCAUUAUCUAAAAAUGGAGUCUCCUCUGUUCCUGAUGUAUUUGAGCUCUCUCUUGCCAUCUUUCUCACGCUGCUCUCAAAUUUUAAGACCCACUUAAAAAUGCAGAUUGAGGUGUUCUUCAAAGAGAUCUUCCUGAAUAUCCUAGAGACCUCUUCAAGCUCUUUUGAACACAAAUGGAUGGUGAUUCAGACUUUAACUAGAAUUUGUGCAGAUGCCCAGUGCGUGGUGGAUAUUUAUGUUAAUUAUGACUGUGAUUUAAAUGCUGCUAAUAUAUUUGAGCGCCUUGUAAAUGAUUUGUCUAAAAUCGCACAGGGACGAAGUGGACAUGAGUUGGGAAUGACACCUUUGCAAGAACUAAGCCUGAGGAAAAAAGGACUUGAAUGUUUGGUUUCUAUUUUAAAAUGUAUGGUAGAAUGGAGCAAAGACCUUUAUGUGAACCCCAAUCAUCAGACUACCUUAGGUUCAUAUAAACCAUCUGAACAGGAAAUGAGUGAGGGGAAAUGCCUUGACAGUGGAGGAAGACGAAGUAGUGUAAGUUCCUUGGAUUCCACUGUGUCGUCAGGAGUUGGAAGUAUUGGUACCCAAACUGCUGUCCCAGAUGACCCUGAGCAGUUUGAAGUCAUCAAGCAACAAAAAGAAAUAAUUGAACAUGGGAUAGAACUGUUCAAUAAAAAACCAAAGAGAGGAAUACAGUAUCUACAGGAACAGGGAAUGCUUGGCACUACAGCAGAGGACAUCGCACAAUUUCUGCACCAGGAAGAACGCCUCUGUUCUACUCAAGUAGGGGAAUUUCUUGGGGAAAGCAACAAGUUUAACAAGGAAGUGAUGUAUGCCUAUGUAGACCAACUUGAUUUCUGUGGGAAAGACUUUGUCUCUGCUCUGCGUAUAUUUCUGGAAGGUUUCCGGCUGCCAGGUGAAGCCCAGAAGAUUGAUAGAUUAAUGGAGAAGUUUGCUGCUAGAUAUAUUGAAUGCAACCAACGGCAAACACUAUUUGCUAGUGCUGACACUGCCUACGUUCUGGCAUACUCUAUUAUAAUGCUGACUACAGACUUGCACAGUCCACAGGUAAAGAAUAAAAUGACGAAGGAGCAGUACAUUAAAAUGAAUCGAGGAAUCAAUGACAGUAAAGAUCUGCCAGUAGAGUAUUUAUCUACCAUCUAUGAAGAAAUAGAAGGAAAGAAAAUUGCGAUGAAAGAGACAAAAGAAUAUGCAAUUACAACCAAGUGUAGUAAGCCAAAUGUAGCUAACGAGAAGCAGCGGAGGUUGUUGUACAACUUGGAGAUGGAGCAAAUGGCUAAAACAGCUAAAGCCCUCAUGGAGGCAGUAAGCCACGCAAAGGCUCCUUUUACUAGUGCCACUCAUCUGGAUCAUGUCAGACCCAUGUUUAAACUUGUAUGGACUCCAUUGCUGGCUGCUUACAGUGUGGGUUUGCAGAACUGCGAUGACACUGAAGUUGCAUCUCUUUGCUUGGAAGGAAUACGAUGUGCAAUUAGAAUAGCCUGUAUCUUUGGAAUGCAGCUUGAACGAGAUGCUUAUGUACAGGCGCUUGCUCGUUUUUCCUUGUUGACUGCCAGUUCCAGCAUUACAGAAAUGAAACAGAAGAACAUAGACACCAUUAAGACGCUUAUUACAGUUGCUCACACAGAUGGCAACUAUCUUGGGAACUCUUGGCAUGAGAUCUUGAAAUGUAUUAGCCAGCUGGAACUAGCACAACUUAUAGGAACUGGAGUGAAAACUCGGUAUUUAUCUGGCUCUGGGCGUGAAAGAGAAGGAAGCAUUAAGGGCUAUUCAUCUGGAGGGGAAGAAUUUAUGGGCCUGGGAUUAGGUAACCUGGUUGGAAGUGGAGCUGAUAAACGGCAUAUGGCAAGCAUUCAGGAGUCGGUGGGAGAGACCAGCUCACAGAGUGUGGUGGUAGCAGUAGACAGGAUAUUUACAGGAUCAACUAGGCUGGAUGGAAAUGCAAUAGUUGACUUUGUCCGAUGGCUGUGUGCUGUUUCCAUGGAUGAGUUGGCUUCCCCACACCAUCCACGCAUGUUCAGCCUGCAGAAGAUAGUGGAGAUAUCGUAUUACAAUAUGAAUCGCAUUAGGCUACAGUGGUCAAGGAUUUGGCAAGUGAUUGGAGAUCACUUCAAUAAGGUUGGAUGUAACCCUAAUGAAGAUGUUGCCAUCUUUGCAGUAGAUUCAUUAAGGCAGCUGUCAAUGAAAUUUCUUGAGAAGGGAGAGCUAGCCAACUUCCGUUUCCAGAAAGACUUCUUAAGGCCUUUUGAGCAUAUUAUGAAGAAAAACAGAUCUCCAACUAUUCGGGACAUGGUAAUACGCUGCAUUGCUCAGAUGGUCAACUCUCAAGCUGGUAAUAUUCGCUCUGGCUGGAAGAAUAUCUUUGCGGUUUUUCACCAAGCAGCUUCAGACCAUGAUGGGAAUAUUGUGGAGUUGGCCUUUCAAACUACAGCACAUAUCGUUACAAAUAUUUUUCAACAGCACUUUCCAGCAGCAAUUGAUUCAUUCCAGGAUGCAGUAAAAUGCCUUUCUGAAUUUGCCUGUAAUGUUGCAUUUCCGGACACAAGCAUGGAAGCUAUUAGACUUAUUCGUUAUUGUGCAAAAUAUGUUUCAGAAAGACCACAGGUAUUAAGAGAAUACACAAGUGAUGACAUGAAUGUUGCUCCUGGGGACAGAGUAUGGGUCAGAGGAUGGUUCCCUAUUUUAUUUGAACUUUCUUGCAUCAUCAAUCGUUGUAAAUUAGAUGUUCGAACAAGAGGCUUAACAGUAAUGUUUGAAAUAAUGAAGAGUUAUGGCCAUACUUUUGAAAAGCACUGGUGGCAAGAUCUGUUCAGAAUUGUGUUUCGGAUUUUUGAUAACAUGAAAUUGCCUGAACAACAAACAGAGAAAUCUGAAUGGAUGACAACUACAUGCAACCAUGCACUUUAUGCAAUCUGUGAUGUAUUUACGCAGUUUUAUGAAGCUUUAAAUGAGAUCCUUCUUCCUGACAUAUUUGCACAGUUACACUGGUGUGUAAAACAAGAUAAUGAACAGUUGGCUCGAUCGGGUACGAACUGUCUAGAAAACCUGGUAAUACUAAAUGGACAGAAAUUCAGCCCUGAAGUCUGGGGCCAAACAUGCAAUUGUAUGCUAGAAAUCUUCAAAACUACCAUUCCUCAUGUGUUGCUUACGUGGAGGCCUGCAGGAAUGGAGGAGGACUCAGCUGAAAAACACUUGGAUUUGGACCUAGAUCACCAGUCCCUAAGCAGCAUGGAUAAAAAUGCUUCAGAAAGAGGACAGAGUCAAUUUUCAAAUCCUACAGAUGACAGCUGGAAAGGUGGUCCUUAUACAAACCAGAAACUGUUUGCUGGCCUUCUUAUAAAGUGUGUGGUGCAGCUGGAAUUGAUACAGACCAUUGAUAAUAUAGUAUUUUAUCCAGCAACAAGCAAGAAGGAAGAUGCUGAGCACAUGGCUGCAGCUCAGAGAGAUGCAUUGGAUGCAGAUAUCCACAUUGACACAGAAGACCAAGGAAUGUAUAAAUAUAUGUCUUCACAUCACCUCUUUAAGUUACUAGAUUGUUUGCAAGAGUCUCAUUCAUUUUCAAAAGCCUUUAAUUCAAAUUAUGAACAGCGAACAGUCUUGUGGAGAGCAGGGUUCAAGGGUAAAUCAAAACCUAAUCUCUUAAAACAAGAGACCAGCAGCUUGGCUUGUUGCUUGAGAAUACUCUUUCGAAUGUAUAUUGAUGAAAACCGCCGAGACUCCUGGGAUGCUAUACAACAACGACUGCUCAGUGUAUGCAGUGAAGCCCUGGCAUAUUUUAUUACGGUGAAUUCGGAAAGCCACAGAGAGGCUUGGACCAAUCUACUGCUGUUGCUUUUAACAAAAACACUAAAAAUUAAUGAUGAAAAGUUUAGGGCACAUGCUUCAACAUAUUAUCCAUACUUGUGUGAAAUCAUGCAAUUUGACCUGAUUCCUGAGCUUCGAGCUGUGCUUCGGAAGUUCUUCCUGCGUAUAGGUGUUGUGUUCAAAAUCUGCAUAACAGAGGAGCAGAUACGGACAACUGGGACAAAAUUACCUUCAUGGUAGCCCAAAGUAGUUAGUUACUGCUGCUUGUACAUAAAGCUGCUUUCCACAAAUGGAUUAAAGUGGAUGGCGGGAGAGUGUGUGUGUGUGUGUGGGGGGAACGGGACCCUGGUAAAUCAACAGAGCAGCAAGUUACUCUUACCAUAAUGACAACUUUGGGGGAGGAAAAAAAAUCUGUUCUAUCCAUCCUACAAAAUUAUCAGCAGUUUAUUUUAUUUAAAUUGUUGCUUACACAGCUAAUACCGUAGAUGUAAAGUCUGUUUGUUUCAGUGCUAGUCAUACUUAUGAUCAAGUCUGUCUCCUCUAAUCUUUGAGAAAUUGUUCAGUCUUACAUCCCAGCUAAAUCUUAAAUCAGCUGGAAAUUAUUCCUUAAUGGAAAUUAUGCCCCUUGGAAAUAACGAAUAUAGUUGUAUAGCCUUGUGAUGUUAGCACAUGUGUUCAAAAUAAACUAUAUUGCAGUGGCUAAUGACCACCUAAGAUCAUUCUGGGUUUUUCUUUGUAUGCACCUGACUAGACCAGGUAGUGUGUUUUAGUUUGACUGUUGUGGACUACCUGUAAUAUAUCCCAGUUUGGGGAAAGGGUUUUCCUCCUGUUUAGUAAGUCAUUUUAAAACACUUUUUUAAUAGCAGUGCUUCAUAUUCUGAGAUGUGCUUUUGUUUUUAUGGAAGGUUUUACAUCAGGAGUAUUCAGUAGUGUUUAUUUAGGUCAUUAGUCUUGAGUUAGUUGAAAACAUUAAAAUAUGGAACACUUAAACUUCCAUUGACUUUCAUAUAUUGCUGGAUCAUGGACUGAGCAUCUAAAGUAACAUGAUAAAUGGGGUUUUGAACAAAUAACACUUUCUUUACCCUCAACUAUAAUAUAUUUAGCAAUUUUGUCUGUUUAACCAGAAGUAGCCUAUCCUUAAUACAUAACAGGUUUGUCUUUUUAGUGCAGAUUUGAAAGUGCUGAUUGUCCUUGUGCAUUUUUUUUUUUUAAAUGCAUCACUUAUUGUUCCUGUUGUGAUCUGGAAAGAAAAAGAAAACUGAGCUACCAUCAGAGUGCUCUAGCAAACUUCAACUUAAGCUCAUACAUGUACUGUAACAGUUUUCCAGUAUGCUUCUGUGCUUGGUUUGCCCUAUGAAUUUUUCUUUCUUUCUGAGAAAAGACUUCAGUUUUGUGACACCUAUUUCCAUGAUAUAAUACCAAUUUUAACUGAAGUACUGCAGGGCUGAGUUCUGUCCUUUGGACUAAUUUUAAUUGCAAGUUGAGCUUUCUCUAAACAGAGUAUGGCAGGAUAGGAGGGUAGGUGCCACUUCAUGAAAUAUAUUAAUAUAUUCAGCACUGUGCUAGCUGUAUUGGGAACCCUGAAGUAUAACAGUAUUUUUAAAAACUGAAUGGUAUUAAGUACUAGACUUUUUUUCAUUAGAAGUUGAGUUUUCUGGUAGGGCAGCCAUAGUUGAAGUAGUGUUGGGAUAUUCCCCUUUCAGAGCUGUGGGUUUCAUUGUUGUUUUUUUUUUUUUUGGGUGGGGGGAGAGAGCUUUUUCCAAAGGUACAUAUGGUGCUCCUUCAGUAAGUCAGUUUGUCCUACUUAGCAGUGUUUGGGAGUGUUUUGCAGUCAACAGUACUGGUAAGGUUUUCACAUUAUUAUUAUUAUUAUUUUUUCUUUUUAACCAAAGAAAAGUAAAUGGUGGUUGUGGCUUUUUAAUAUUGAAAUGCCUGUUAAAUGUAUACUAACAUUUAGUAGAAAGGAAUAUAUAUGGCUAUAUUUUACCAUAAGGAAAGACUGAAAAAUAAGGAAUGUCUAUAUCUAACUUGCUGUAUUUGAGAUGUCUUUUUGUGUUCACUCCCUGGUAAUGUCACUUCAUCAAUUACAGUAAAAAUGAAGUAUUUAUUUUGAUACUAUUUAAAUAAUUUAAAUAAACUAUUCUUUUUCUUCUUGUCCUAGAUAAUCCUAAAGAAAGUAUUUGAAACUUUAUUUUCCAGAUUUUGAAUGUCACAGCCUCAUUGAAUGUACACCCUUAGCUCCUGUCAAAACACAGUUUUUCUAAGUUGCAUGCUUUCUCUGUACAUUUCAGUUUUGAAAGCCUUACAACUUGUCUUGAAAAUGGUCUCUAAUUUUCAGAUCUUAAAUUAUUUUACACAUCCACCAUAGGCUUUAAGUAAAGCUUUUACUGUAUUUAUACCAUCUGUAAACUGCUGAAAUUAGGAACAUGACAUCAGAGCUAUUCUAGAUUCAUGCUGUAGUGCAUGAAGGAGAUGAGGACUGGAAUGCAAUGUGAUUCUAACAGCCUUAAUCCUGUCAUGGUUUUGUGGAACUGACUGUACACAAAGCAAUAAGAAAUGAUGUUAAGUGUAAUAUCUGAAACAGUUGUGUUUACACCAGCUGUUUAGUUUCCCUUAUACACUCAAAGAUCAUAACACAUAGGCAUUUUAAUGAAGCUAAUAAUGCUGAGCCAAAACUCCUGAAGCCAUCGCUGCUGGUUCUGAUCUUGUACUGGACUCUGCUGACACUGACUCUAGCUGCCUCUGGUAGUUUUAUUGGCUUCAGUGGAACUGUAUGAGUGAGAACAAAGUUCUCUGUCAGCAUAUCCUGGGAGAGAUCAAGGCCUCUAUGUGCAAUACAUGGAGAAACUAUUAAAAGUUAGCUCUUGGACACUUUGAAUGGUGUUAUGCAACAAAUCAUAGCUAAAGAAGCUUAUAAUUUAAUGGUAGAAAGAGGGAGACUCUGCAUGGUAUUUUACUACUACUUACUGUGCAACCCUCUAUGAAAUGAGUAGGCACGAUGCUAAUGAGGAAAACCCUAAAAACUCCCUUUGCAAGAAAGAACAUAACAAGACCUCUGUUUGAAAAAUUAUCUGUGUGUUUCAUAACUUGCUCAGUUAACAGAACACUGGGAAGAGCUUUCAGUAAUACAGCCAAACACCCCUGAAUGUUCAGCUCAGUCUUACUGCCACUUUAAGGAUGAGGAAAAACUUAGAUAUAGUACCUUUACUCUGAAGUAAAACUAAGCUCUUUCACUGUCACAAGUGCAGCUUUAAUAUGUAAAUUGUUUGUUCUGCCCUUUUAAUGUUUUUUUUGUGCAAAAUGUAUGUUUUUACAUAUUUAAAAUGUCUAAGUUGGUUUUUUUUGGCGAUCUCCAUAUUAAGUGCAUUUACUAUCAAUAACUUAAAAGAGCAUUCCUUGCCUAAUGGAUGUAUACAUUUUUGAAAGAAUAGCGACUUAUAUAAUAUGAAAAGCUAUGUAAAGUUUUCUACAUAAAAAAAUUAUGUAUAAUACUGUUAUAAUAUUCCAUGCUUUAAUCAAGUGGUAAAUCAAUAAAGUUUUGAAAACUG